AUGAAGCCAGGCUCGCUCUGGCAGACCAUCAACGCCGUCACGCUUGCCACGUCGUCAAUCAACGCAAGCAUCGCCUACUACCAAAAGCUCGGCCUCCAGCUCGAGUGGUACUCGCCCGACUUUGCGACCGUCAGUCCGCAUGGGAGCGGGAAAGACUCGAUGUUUGUCAACCUCUUCCUCGCGCCGACGGCGCAGCCGCGCUCCACGUGGAACGGCUGGGGCCGCGCCGUCUUUUACGUGAGCGAUGUCGACGCAGUCUACGGGCUCGCGCUUCGGAACGGCCUCACGCCGGAGCACGCGCCUCGCGACGCGGACUGGGGAGAGCGGUACUUUCACAUCCUCGACCCGUCAGGGCACGAGCUGGCGAUAGCGACGCCCAUCGGGCACCGGCAGGCGAUGCGCGCCACCACACGCUCGCCCGACGCGAGAGCAGAGCUGCCUUCGAGCGGCGGCGCUGCAGAGCCUCGCCGUCCAAUACCAGAGGAGGCUCGCCUUGGCUCCGCCUCCGGCGCGGCGGCUCGCAUCAGCCGAGAGAGCGGCUCCCGGCCUCCGCGCAUCCUCAUCGCCUACCACACCUGGGCGGACGCUGUGUUGCUCGGCGCUCCGCUCCACUGCGGCAGCGCGAAAAACAGAAAGCUGACCCCCCCUCACAAGGGGAGCUGUGGGUAG